UGAAAACGGGUUAAGUAAAUUUAAGACGCUGGUAGCGUAGAAUUGACAAUUGUUACCAAUCAGCAACUCUGAAUAUCAAUAUUGCUAGUCUAUAUGGGCAUGUGGUUGUACAUAAAUGUGGACGUAUAUGCAAAGUAUGCGAUUUCUGGUGUUGUGUCAUGUGACGAUCAUUUGUUGACAUUUGAGUAUUUGAUAAUUUUGAUUCGGCUCAAUUGUUUCCCUGAAGUAAAUCUACAGUACUUACAAACCCAGACGGCCAGACUACAUUUAUGGCAUUUUUACGAGAUAGAUCAAUCUUUUGUAUUCCAAACACCACUCUAGAUCACAAUGAAAGACUGACAAUUAGUGGAAUUUGUAUACCAACAUCAAUUGUAGGUUUUACUGGAGCAGCUUUGCAAUUGAAAUAUUUAUGGCAAUAUCGUGAUAGACAACGAAGAAGACCUUCAGCAGAUCCACGUAUAAUUUUCUAUUUAGCGUUAUCCGAUUUAUUAACAUGUCUAGGGUUGUUAUCGUUAGGGGUAUUGUUGAUCGUACUGGAAGAACCAGUUAAAAAUAGCAAGGGUUAUCGACCAAAGUCCGAACAUGUAAUCGUUUAUGAAUCGAUAGGUACUUCUGUAGAGGUAGUUGCACUUUUUGGAUUUCUUGCCAGCGUUGUAUGGACAUUUUCAUUUGCCCUGGAUAUGAGCUUUCAGUUGUAUGGAAUUAAUUGUCCUAUGGUGGUUUAUCAUAUUUUGUCAUGGUGUAUACCAAUAGAUAUUAUUGUUGUUGUCCAGUCUAUAAGUUAUGGAAUCUGGAAAACAGAAUGUGAAGGAAUCCUGGGAAGACGAUCAAGAUUAAUUGUGUCUUAUUUACCAGUCAUGGUGGUAAUAGUUGUAAAUCCUAUCUUAUUCAUAAUUACAUAUCAAAAAGUUAAGAAAUUACUGCGAUGUACCGGUAGUUUUACAGUUGAAGAUAGGCAAGUUCUACAUGCUUGCAAAUGGAAGUUGUUUUGGAUGGUGGCGACGUUUACAAUAUGUUGGUUUCCAAAUGUCAUUUCAGCGACAUAUGAUCUGUUCACUGUAGGGUUUUCUAACGAAGAUAAAAUGACGAAAAUUGAUGUAUUGUGGUAUUUAGAGGCGUUGUUGAACCCUCUACAAGGUAUAAUGAACUAUUUUGUGUAUCGGCACUCGUUCAGGGUAUCACCAAAUGACUCAACAUUAAGCCCAAGACGUCUUCCGCGUGUGGCACACGUGAAUAGUGCACUUGAAAGUUGUCUUUCAACUUCGUCAGUGCAACAAGAAAAUUCACUACUACAUUCAGGAACAACGAUAAAUCAAACAAAACCGCAUACGAAAUCAAAACAUAAUUAUGUUGCUAGAUUACUGGGAGAGUAUAAUGUUAAAAAAGAACAAUUCUGAUGGUCAGUGAUGUCCAAUCGGGGAUAAUUCAAAGAAUUCAUCACGAAACCACACACUCUCACAAGUAAUUUCUGGAGUAGCAAUCGCAAGGGAAGUCGCAAAACAAAUCAAACGUGAUUACGUGACUGGUUUAUUCAUGAUAGCCGGGUAGUGCCAAUAAAUAUAUAAUAUAUAUAGAUUUGAUUAUAUAUACCUUCUGUUAUGAAAAAAGGACAAGGAUACAAAUUAUUGAACUUUAAUAUAAUUAGAAAUAUCAAAGUUUUCUCACGACAAUGCUUGGCAAUUGAGAAAAUGGCAGGCUUUUAUGCGUGACUGAAAUGAAAUUACGUGCUAUAGUAUUCCAGUAAAUAUUUAGUUGCAAACAUAAUUUUCC